AUGAAGUCCUCCAUCAUCGCCACGGCCCUCGCUGCCGCGCCCUUCGCCGCCGCCGGUGUCCUUCCCAAGCGCGCCGACGACACCUGCCGUGUCCUCCCCGGUGAUGCCGCCUGGCCUUCUACCGACUCGUGGAACACCCUCAACACCACCGUCGGCGGCAAGCUCAUCGCGACCGUGCCCAUCGGCUCCGUCUGCCACGACCCCAACUACGAUGAGGCCGCAUGCACGGCGUUGCAAGAUGCUUGGGUUCUUCCCGAGACCCACUUCCCCUCCUCGUCUUCCGUGAUGCAGAGCUACUUCGCCAACCAGUCCUGCGACCCCUUCACGGACCGCACCCUUCCCUGCCUCAUCGGCAACUACGUCCAGUACGCCGUCGAGGUCACCUCCGCCCAGGACGUCGUCGAGACCGUCAACUUCGCCCGGGACAACAACAUCCGCUUCCUCGUCCGAAACACGGGUCAUGACCACCUCGGCCGUUCAACCGGCGCCGGAGCCCUCGCCGCCUGGACCCACAAGCUCAAGGAUAUCGAGGUGACUACCUGGUCCGACGAUCUCUGGUCCGGCCCCGCCAUCAAGAUGGGCGCCGGUGUUCUCGGCUACGAGAUCACCGAGGCUGGCAAGUCCGCCGGCCUCGUCGUUGUCGGCGGCGAGUGCCCUACCGUCGGCCCUGCUGGUGGUUACAUCCAGGGUGGUGGCCACUCCGCCCUCACCACCAACUUCGGUAUGGCUGCCGACCAGACUCUUGAGUUUGAGGUCGUCACCGCCGACGGCAAGAUCGUCACUGCCUCCCGCACGGAGAACUCUGAUCUCUUCUGGGCCCUCAGCGGUGGUGGCCCCGGUACCUAUGGCGUCGUCACCUCCGUCACCGUCCGUGCCUACCCCGAUGCCAACAUCGGCGGUGUCGGUCUGCAGACCGCCGCGUCCUACACUACCCAGGAGAAGUGGUGGCAGAUGCUCGACUCCUUCCACUCCCUCCUCCCCAACAUGACCGACCAGGGCGCCAUGGUCGUCUUCCUCUACAGCAGCUCCAUCUUCGCCAUCAACCCCCUGACUGCCUACAACAAGACCGCCGAGGAGGCCAAGGCCAUUCUCCAACCCUUCCUCGACGUCCUCGCCGACCUCUCCAUCCCCUACUCCUCUGCCGCCACCAACUACUCCAGCUACCGCGACCACUACGACAAGUGGAUGGGCCCCCUCCCCUACGGCCACGUCGAGGUCGAGUCCUACAACUUCGGCUCCCGCCUCGUCCCCCGCUCCGUCCUCUCCGACACCACAUCCCGUGCCACUUACAUCGACGCCAUCCGCUACGGCGCCGACACCUACGGCGUUCUCUCCGCCGGUGUAGCCCUCAACGCCUCCGCCCCCGCCGGCGUCGACAACGCCGUCAACCCGCACUGGCGCGACGCCACCAUCCACGUCCAGUACUCCACCGCCUGGAGCAACGACCCCGCCCAGUGGGACACAAUGAUCUCCGACCAGAAGCGCAUGACGGACGACAUCAUGCCACCCAUCGAGGCCGCGACCCCCGGCAGCGGCAACUACGUCAACGAGGUCGACUUCAGGAUCGACGGCUGGAAGGAGAAGUUCUUCGGCAGCAAGUACGACAAGUUGCUGGAGAUCAAGCAGAAGUGGGAUUCCACGGGCGUGUUCUACGCGCUCAAGACCGUCGGUAGCGAUGUUUGGGACGUUGCCGCUGAUGGCAGGAUGUGCCGUGCAUGA